CCCGGCGAAGGGAAGCGGGAGCGCGCUCUCCCGGUGCCGCCCUACCGACGGGCUCAUCCCAGGUGCGGAGGGGCUGGGAGUGAGGCAGUGGGCGAAGAAAUGGCGAGUCUGAUCCCGGCGGCGGCCUCUUCUCCCGCUGGCGCCCCAUCCCGUAGCAAGAAGCGCCCGGCGAGUCCAGGCACGGGUGGUGGCCCCGCCAAAAAAAAGAAAUCCGGAGGCCCGAGCAGCUCUCAGAGUGCAGGUGGAGAGGCCAUGAAUGAAAACAAAUUUCUGAACACAGACUCCAGCACAGGAUCAGUGGAAACAAGUGUCAAGCCGUUACCAUUUAAAGAUCCAAACUUCAUCCACUCCGGCAUUGGUGGAGCAGCAGCUGGCAAGAAGAACAGAACUUGGAAGAACCUAAAACAAAUUCUUGCUUCUGAAAGGGCAUUGCCAUGGCAACUAAAUGAUCCUAGCUAUUUUAAUAUUGAUGCUCCUCCUUCCUUUAAGCCUGCCAAGAAAUAUUCAGAUAUUUCAGGACUACCGGCAAAUUACACAGAUCCCCAGAGCAAGCUAAGAUUUAGUACUACUGAAGAAUUUGCCUAUAUUCGGAUGCUCCCUUCAGAUGUGGUUACAGGAUACCUGGCUUUAAGGAAAGCAACAAGUAUAGUUUCCUGAAGAGACUGAAUAUUGCUGUAUCUUGCUUGUGAACGGUGCUAAUUUUGAGAGUCAUGAUGGAAAGUGACUGAGAUUCCUUAAAACUAUCCAUGGAUUUUGACAUCUGGAAGUAGUUGAUGAUACAUGCAUCUGAAGAAGAUAUGGAUUUAAUUUUGAUAAAUGCUGAUAUUUAUUAGUUUGACAAUUUGUAAGCAAUUUGGUUUAGUGAACGGAAUAACUGAAGACCUUUAGGGUAUGUAUGUGCACCAUAUUGUUUGAGUUACAUUAAUUUCUGUAGAGACAGGAUUUCAUCUCCACCUUGUAUAUUUUAUGUGCUUCUCUGGCGCAGAAGAAGCAGUCAUUUGAGUUAAGGAAAAUGUACCAAAGCUGUCACAACUUCUAAACCUACCUUUCCAGUUAUACUUGCCACUUGGCUGUGAAGGAGUUUGUCCCAUCUGUAAAAUGAAGCCAAAACGCCUACCAGGUGCUGCUAUUGUGAGAACCGUUGAUGGUACUGAGCACUGUGGAAAUGAACAGCUUCCCACAAAUACUUGUUUGCGUUGAAGAAUUAUCAUCAUCAAUAAAGCUAGACUCAGAUUUGUUUUUAAAAUAUCCUAAUGAAUACGGAGAACAGGCUCAAACUGAGUCACUAGGUCGCUCUUAAUCGUGACAGUUUGCAGUUUUUGAGUCAUUUCACAACCUGGCUGUUCUUCUACCUUUCCUCAUUAGUACAGUGUCAUUGCUAAUUAGUACAAAAAGUACUGAUUUGCCACACUUUUUUAAAAAAAAAGAUGCUAGAAAAAGCAGGAUUCCACUGCCCAGUGAUGUUCUGACACCCAGGUGGUCUUCAGCAGGGAGAGACUUCCUAUAUCAGGACACUGACCUUUGCACCAAGAAUAAUAACCAGUAGCAACUGAACAUUGUCACCCUUUAGAGGAAGAGUGCAGCCAUGGCACUUACCUCCCUUAUCUUGUCUCUCUGAGCCAGCAGGCUCUUAGCCAGAAAGGUGGCUAGGCAAGUUACCACUUACUGUGGGAUUACUCUCUUCCCAUGUACAAAACUGCCCAGAUCACAAAGGUGGUGAGACACUGAUCAUGGGUCAGCUUGUGAGACAUGUGGAUCUCAGGGAAGGCAGCAUGCAGUGUCUGAGCUGCACCCUAUGUGCACAUUUCUAUAGACAUGAGGAGUAUUAGAACUUUUUUUCUUCUCAUUGAAAGCAUAAAAACGCAGAAUGUUAUUCAUGCUAGUUUAAAUUAAACUCCAAAACAGGAAAAACAAUAAUGGGACACAUUGUUUAAUGAAAGUCUGGGGGACUCAUUCCUCAGUUUUUGUGAUCUAAUAUUUAUGAAAACAAAGUAGUUUAGAAAGUCUUUUGACAUGCUUACAAUAGAUCCUUCAAAGCCCUGGAUACCAGAUAAUGCUACAACUGUAUCACAGAACAAAAAAGAAUAAGACAGGAUAUCUCUCUUCAUGCCAGUUAAGCAGCCAAGUCACAUUCUCUUUGCAUUCUCUUUGGAUGUUUUUAACUUACUUUAAAUACUGAAGAUGUGUUUAUAAGAUAAACUUAACAUUGAUAUGAAAAGAAAACACAUAGAACUGCUGUAAGACCGCUUCUGCUUUAUAUAAGCAGACAGAAGCUCAGAAAAUCAUACUUCACCGGCUUGUUCUCUCCCACAGAUAUUUUUAACAUUCUUUGGGAAAGACCAUUUAGGAACUCAGGCUCACUCACCAUCAGAACUGUUCCAUGCACUCCUACUCUCUGUAUUAUGAUAUUACUUCUCAGCUGAUUUUUACCACACAUGUUUGUGCAUUCCAUUUUCAAAAUCCAAGUGUUUUACUGAGUAAAUCAGCACCAGAAAAGUAAAUACAGUUUACAUUUGGCAAAACUGUUAGUGUCUCUUCUCUCAGUGCUCUCUAUCAUAUGGUGGCUGCUAGAUUGCCUUUUCUUUCCUUCCUUCUUUCUUCCUUUGUUAGCUACUGGCCCUUUUAUCUUAGUCAGUAGUACCUCACUUUUACUCAUUAGACUGUACAGCAGUCAAGCCAAGAGGGAUGAGUCAGCCACCAGCACCAUUCAGCAUUACAUUGAUCAACAACAGUUUGCUGUGUGAAACAGUCAAAAAGAAUUUCUUUUAGCAGGAAGCUGAGGACAGAAAAGAUCUAGCAGCCAACGUGUACAACCUUGUUCAGUCCGACUAGGUUAUUUUUGGGCACAGCACGCAGACCUGCUGCUCUCAUUGGUGUGCCUUCUAUGAGAGAACUAAGCAGUACAGCCCUUGCUGUGUAUAAGAGAAAAUAUGGAUAAGUGAAGAGCUCAUCAGUGCCACAGAGCUUUAGAUGUGAAAAUUGAGAAGUGCGUUUAUAUUUAAAAGUACUUAUGGGAUGUUAUCUAGAUGAAUGUAAAUAAGUUGAAUUUAAAUUGCGAAGAGGACUAAAGAAAGGCAUUUGAAAGGGGAAGCAGUGACAAAUACCAUUUCAAACUUGGGGAGAAUGUACUUUGACAAACAGUAUUGCUACAUCUGUAAAGCAGAAAGGCAACAGUCAGGGUGAGGACUAAUUUGUUCCAAGUAGCACCGUUACUAUCUGUGAGGUAUCAGCUGAAUGCAUUACUUAAUAGAGACCAGGAUAGCUUCAGCCUCCCAUGCAUUUGCAUUAAUAUGUUCCCCUAUUGUCCCCCUCUGUUCCCCCUGUCAUGGCUUACAGUUGCUAAGCUCACACAGAAAUCCCACUGACGCUAAUGGGAAGUGAGCUUGUCCAGCAACUCUCUAGGUACAGUCCAACUGGCAAAGCUUUACCCUUAGUCUUUUGGGCAGGCAGAAAGCAUAUUUUCCUUACCUUGUCUGUCUUAUCCCUCAGAAAGAAGGAGGAUGUUCACCAGAGGCCAAGCUCCUGUUUUCCUGUGCAGCUACCCUCCCCACACACUGCUGAUCCAGUAAAUGCUGGUGGGGAGGGGGGUGGAGGGGGAUUGCCUUUGUGCUGCUCUUUUUAAGACUGCAGUAGCUUAUAUUUACUGCAUUUUUUGUGGGUCUACUUGCUUUCUGGGCUUGGGCAAAGCAUGCAACUGCCUCUAUAGUAGUUGGGCCUAAGGCAGCAAAAGUACUGUAGCCGAACUGCCUAGUAUGGCCAAAACCCUGGUGCUUGAGAAUCAUAGAAUCAUUUAUGUUGGAAAAGACCCUUUAAGAUCAUUGAGUCCAGCCACUAAUCUCACAGUGUUGAGUCCACCACUUGUCCCUCAGCACCUCAUCUACAUGGCUUUUAAAUAUCUCAGGGGUGGUGACUCCACCACCUCCCUGUUCCAAUGCUUAACAACCCUUUCAGUGAAGAAUAUCCUAAUCUCCAAUCUAAACCUCCCCUGGGACCCAAGGGAAGGGGUAUGCUGAGGGUGAUGAGGGAAGCAAAGCCUUCAGCAGCUGCAGCUGCUGCCUCCACCUUCCCAUCUCUAGUGGAUGGGAGAGCACGUUACUGGAGCUUUUGCCUUGAUUAUUCACUGCUGAUUUGUACUACCUAUGGAAACUUCCUGCCCCAGUCCUGUCCUCUGCUGUCAGCUCUGAUAGGAAUUACUUUGGCCCUGUGUCCUGGAAAGCUGCAGAGAGGCAUCGGGCCAGCUCAUUUUGGAGCCCUUGCCUUUCACAGUCCUGUAUUUCCCUGAUUUCUCCCAUCACAGUGUUCUGGAUCCCUAUGGAGCUGCUAUAUAUGGGCUUCCAUAGGCACAGGAGUCCUAUCCAUGCAGGGAGAUGUACCUCGAUCUCCUUUGACAGAGGCCUGUAAUGUUCAAGCCCCAGCAAAGCGCAAGGAAUUCAAGGUAAGCAAAGGGCAAGGCUUUUUACUGGAGAAGAGUAGUGAAGUAAAAAUUCACUAGCAUAAAGUUACAAAGGUUUUGCAAGUCCACUGUUAAGAAAAAAAGCUCCAACUCCCUGCAUGACUGCAGUCAUUUACUGAAGGGUUAAGUAAUCUCGAAUAAAGAAAUAUUACAAAAAUGUAUUAGUAAAAAACUUACCAAUUGGUUUUAAGGCCUCUUACGUUCUCUAACAAUGUUUGUGGUUCAUGUACUCGAGACAUAAAAUAGCAGAUAGUUUUUCUUUCUGAAUCACUUCAGGGAAGAAGACUUUCACAGACUUGAUGUCAGGCCCUUGGAAGAAAACCCUGACUUAGUACUCUUUCAAAGAAGAAGAGACAAGCGGUAUCAGUACUGUUGCUGAACACUUCAGUCUGACUAAGAUGAUGAUACCACUAAAUAUUAGAAUUCAUAGAAAUCCCUUCCUAUUGUUCUCAUUUUAGUAUGCAUGCAUAUGUGCCCCAAUUAAAAAAAAAAAAAACAACGACAUUUUGCCUGUUAGUGUAUAGGUGAUAUACAGUAAAAUAAAACAUUUUCAGGUAAGAAAAAUACUUUAAGCCCAUUUGAUAUCUGUAAGUAUUUCUUGAUUUUGUGUUAGCCAAGAAGCAUAACAAAUCUUUUCAGAUUAUUACAAUACUGUAAAUCACAACCUACAAACAGGAAUAGCAGUAAUCUCUUGGGAGAGAUAUUAACAACAACUAACAAACACUGUUCAAACUACUGGUGAGCAGUGCUUGUGUAAUUGCUUAUGGUUUGUGACCUACGAGAUCACGUGUGUUUAGAACAGAGCAUUGAUUUUUCUGACACAUUAGCCUAAAGUGAAUAAUCUUUACAUGAAAGUUGUAGUGCUAGUGGACUAGACAGUAAGAUGUUUUUUGAGCUGGCUGUGGUCCCUGUUUGCCAGCAUGUUCCUUGGAGGUCUUCAAGACUCAUCUGGACACAUUCCUAUGCAACCUGAUCUAGGUGAACCUGCUUCUGCAGGGAGGUUGGACCAGAUGAUCUCUAAAGGUCCCUUCCAACCCCUACCAUUCUAUGAUUCUCUUAUGGGUAAGAGCUCCCAUUAGUUGCUUGCAUGAUGACUGCUGCGGCUGUGUUACUUGACUCCAGAACACCCAGCACAGCACCCCAGAGAACUGCACCAUGGUUCACAGACUAUCUGAAGUCAGUGUCCCAAAUCUGAGAUGUAAAAGUUACUCUUCUCUCAAGUGGAGAAAUCAUUUACAAGCUGCUAGCCACACACAGCACAUUAACAGUGGGUCUCAAAUCCACAGCACAGUUUCUGUAAAAGGAGAAUAGGUGCCCCUCGUGAGUGCUUCCGUUUCAACACGGGCCACUUACAAGCAAGUUCUCAGCGCCAGGUUUUGGACAGCUGCCUACCUACGCAUGGGAAGAAAGCAUUUCCUGCCUCAUCCUGUCAAAGUAAAUGGCUAUUGGUGCACAUUCAGUGCCUCUCUAUAGAUCUGAUAAAUGUACAGCAAUAAACCUCCACAAGCAGAGAUACAGGCCUGGUCUGCUUGGUCAGUACUUGGCAGGCGUUGGCCACUGGGUAAGCAAGGGUGAUAGGGAAUUGUUCUGGUUUAGCAAGGAGCAGCUUUUGGCUUAGUAACAGGGGGAGCGGGUUGCAGUGAAGACCCGGUAAAGAGUUUGCGGACCCUCCCCCGGCUCCUGGGUUCACACCCACCUCCGGCCCGGCUGGGCCAAUCUGGCGCCUCUGCGAUCACUAUUUAGGGGACGGGAAUUUGAAAUGCGAGUCGGGAGGUGUAAGAGGGAUAUAAGAUGGAGGCGACCACGCGGACCCUUCGGCCAGAGAAGGAGGAAAGAAGGAGAAGCAGUAGACCGGAGACCCUUCUGCAAGCCGUGGCAGGAAUGCAAGCUGUGCCCCUGAAACCCGUGGAGAUCUGUGGCAGGACUGAGAGCCACCAGCAGCUCCAUGUGAGUGAGCCCGGACGGGCGAGGGACUGUGUGGGGAGACGGCCAUGGCCCAGGCCGUACUGGAGAGCCUGCACGUCGCAGAGCAGCCCCACACGAG